AUGACAAGCACUACAGAUUCAUCGAUUCACUCGAGCAAAUUGAAAGAGCGAACUUUGGUUCACAAGAGAAUAACGGACCUCGCAGAGCUGCAGAGGAUUUACGAUAUAGGGGAGGUCUUAGGAAAAGGUAGUUUCGGUACGGUCGUCAAAGCGAAUUACAAAGGAUCUACUGUGAAUUGGGCGAUUAAGAUCAUCAAUAAGUCUCAAGCCGGAGCGUCGAGAAUACUGCUUGUCGAACGAGAGAUCCACAUUCUUAAGUUAGUCAAUCAUCCGAAUAUAAUUCUUCUGGACCGUGUCUUCGAAUCACCAAAGACUAUUUAUUUGGUGUUCGAGUUUUGCACGGGAUCAUUGGCAAGAACUUUCAAAGUGAAGAAGCGUUUUGAAGAGAAAGACACGCUGACGGUUAUUCGUAGCUUGGCCGGUGCUCUAUCGUACCUCCACAAAAAUGAUAUCGUGCAUCGUGACCUCAAGUUGGAAAAUAUUUUGAUCGCCGCGCACCCGGAAAAUCCUGCCGACAAUUUGUUUAUCAAGAUUACGGAUUUCGGACUCAGUGCGGUACGAGGAGGAACGGGAUAUGACAGUAUGCUACAUGACUGCUGCGGCACUCCAACAUAUAUGGGUGAAUUGUCGUAA